AUGGAGUUUAUUGGCACCUGGCAUCUUCAGGCACAAGGCCAUCCUUUACCAGAAACAAGGGACGAGAGAAAUAUAAGUUCCGGCUGCGCAGAGGACCAUUUUGCAACCAUUCUGCCUGGAACGAAGCUGCUGCGCCCAAACCAAUCAAACAUGAAAACUGUGGCGUUGCUGGUCUUCCUGGCGGGGGUCGUUGCUGCCCUCCCCCACGGAGAAUGCAACCUGAUGGGGGCGCUGCGCAGGGGCAGGCACUUGCACCGCGGUCGCUUGCCUCCGUGCGUGCGAGGGCUCAUGCCGCAGGGCGAGGAGCUCAAGGCCUGCUUCAAGGAGAACUUCCGCAAAUAUCGCUUCAGAAAUGGUCAGUCAGCAGGCUUGCGAAAUGGAUUUGAAGGGAUGGUAGAGUGUAUGGUGGAGAAAAUGAACCUCGAGUUGGUAAACGGAACUCUCGAUGUCGAACAGGCCGUUCUCAAGCUGAGUGAAUUCGAAGGAUAUGAUAUAGAGGCGAUUGCCAGCAUCCAAUCCUCCCUAGAGGAAUGUGCUGCGAACUCCACCAGCUCUAAUGCUACCGAGCAACUGACGGAAAUCGUGCUGUGCGUGAGCAACAAAUCACGCGAGUUCUGCACCGAAAGACUCGAACUGCUGAAGACUUGGGAUGAAAAUGCCAACUGUAGCUCGGUGUCAAUCCCCACGGAAACCCUUAGCAUUAUUGAAGAGUGCGAGCCAGAUGAUGACAGCCCCAGGCGCCGAGGCCCCACCAGAAGGCGAGGAAGAAAGCCGGCAGACCGAGGCCACGGCAAGAAAAUGUGGUCCCAGGUCUUGUGCGUCAACGAAAAUAUUGGCUCGUACAAUGCUUCAACAGGAUUCAAUUUCACCGUUAUUGCUGAACACAUCGCCACCUUCUCCGGCUGGGACACUAUUCCAGGGGCUCUUGAAAACCUGACGGAAAAGAUUAUCGAGUGCCAGCCCGAAUUCGCGGACGACGCUCAAACCCAGGCAGCUCAGUGGAUGCUGUGCCUACGCCCUUCUUACGUAGAAAUCUGCGGUCUAGGAGGCGAUCUCACCGAGUUCCUCUUCCCGGCCAUAAAAAAAAUGAUCAAGGAAUCAAGCGAAGAAGAUGGCGAUGAUGUGGAUGAACCCUGCACGUGUGACAUUUUCCCUUCCCCUCGACUGUUCGACACGUUGAAAUUAACCGAUGAGACUGAUGACUUGCUGGAGCUGGACGAGGAGGUGGAAAUGUUAUCUUCGGAAGCUGAUGACCCCGAGGUGAUGCUGGGACAGAUGAGGAGACGAAGCAGGAGGAGGCGCCAGCGAGGCAGGAAGAACUCGUCCGAGGAAUCCAACGAAAGCCGGACGCCGGACAACUCGCCGGAGGACGACAGCGACGAGGUGACGACCGUCGCCCCUACAACUGUGUUCCCGUAGGUUGCUGAUGGAGAGACUGAUUUGGAUUUUCGGAUUUGAUGGCAAUGAGAUUGGGGGGGGGGGGGGGAUUCCAGAUGUAAAGCGGGGGUAUUUUCCAUUCUGGAUUUGGCUAUGGAUAUUGGGUACUUGAUCUUGAAAGAGAGAAGUCGAAGGAGUAAGUUUGUUAUUUCGUGUCUAACUACUUGUGUUUCAGCACUGAGUGAAUGAAUGUAGAUCUAUACGUGAAUAGUAAUGCAUGUAUAUAUGCCAGUAGUUAAUGAAAUAAUAUACACAGAAGAUCUGAUAGAACACUCAGUAAAUUAAUGACACGGAUCGUCAUUUAAAGUGAUGCCGUCUUCAAUCAUGAACAAGAGGAUAGUAAUGAAAGAGUUAGAAAGAGGAUAUGAAAUCCAUGGCAACGAAAAUGCGCCAGCAAUCUCUAUAUUACAUUAUCACCAACAAGGAUAUUCAAUGAAACUAGACAUAUCUAGAAUGUAUUCAGUAACAAACGAGAUAAUUAUGUAAUAUUUUUUCCCAAACAAUACAUAAUCAGCUGUCUUCCAAAUAUGUAGAAGUAAAAGGUUAUACAGUGUUUGCACUGUAUAACCUUCUGUUACACUGUUACCUACGAUUACAUGUAUCACAAAUCUUAGCCUAUGAUUCAGUACCGAAAAUACUUCGUUCGCUCUGCUGUUUUGUUAUUGAAUUGCUAUAGUCAUAUGUUUAGAGGUAUUAUUCAUGUUCAUAUGUUUAAAGGCACUGUUUGAGGAUUAAAGCACUGCAAUAAUGCAAACC